AAUCCGGAAACAGAAUGACGUAUGGCAGGAAGACACAGGCUGGACCCACGUGUGUGAAGUUUCUGCGUUUGUAUGUUGUUGAUAGUUAAGCUCAAAAUAUGCCCAAAAGAGUAAAGCCCGCGGUGGUGGAAGAAAAUCCCGCUCCCGAAGCGGUACCCGAGGAGGAGCCCAGGCGGACCAGGAGUGGCCGCAGACUGUGCGCUCCCGCCGCCCCGGUGAAGACUCCGAGCAGAAGGACGAGGCGCUCCGUUCUCCAAGAGCUGCCGACAGUGGAGGCACAGAACACGGUAGAGCCAGAAAGCGAACCGACAGUGGAGGCACCGAACACGGUAGAGCCAGAAAGCAAACCCAGCGAGCUAGUCGAAAACGAGUCCAGUGGGUCAACGAAACCAGAGUUAGAAAAACCCGACAAAGAGCCGAGGGAAGCAGAGAGCGGUAACGCUAGCGGAGACGACGACGUGCUAAAACGUGAGCCUGCAGAAACGGCUCCUGCGAGUUCAGAAAUCAUCCCAAAGAAGAAGAAGAAGAAACCUCCUCCUGCUCCCAAUGUCAAACAGAGCGCGGUUAUUCCUUUGGGGAAACCCAAAUCAGGACGAGUGUGGAAGGACCGUAGCAAACAGAGGUUCUCUGCUUUGCUGCGAGACAAACCAUUGUGCUCCUCAUGGGAGAAGAAGAUGGAGGCCAAGCGGGAAAAGGAGCUGCUAAAGGCCUAUGCUCUGAAGCUUAAAGAGGAGAACGCUCGACAGAAGGAGGACAAAAGGAAGAGAAGGGAAGAAAACCUGAAACGUCGUGCAGAGAAUGAGCGCAAAGCAGAGAUUGUGCAAGUGAUUCGGAAUACGACAAAGAUCAAGAGGAUGAAGAAGAAACAGCUCCGGAAAAUCGAGAAGAGAGACACUCUGGCUUUGCUGCAGAAGAAUCAGAAUACAAAAACACACAAAGACAUUAAGAAAGAUGUAAUUUAAACAUUAAAUUGCAAUUAAAUCCAA